AUGAUCGAAGACAAGUAUAUUGGUCUGGCUCUUGCCAUGACAUCGGCCCUAGCCAUUGGAACUAGUUUCGUUAUUACAAAAAAGGGAUUGAUUCAAGCAGAAGAGAGACAUGGCUUUGAAGGUGAUGGAUUUGUGUACCUCAAAAAUCCUCUGUGGUGGGCCGGUAUCGCGACUCUUGCACUUGGAGAGAUUUGCAACUUUGCCGCAUACGCUUUCGCCCCUGCGAUCCUCGUUACCCCCCUUGGAGCCCUCAGUGUGCUUAUUGGUGCCGUUCUUGGCUCAUACUUUCUCAAAGAAGAACUUGGUACUUUGGGUAAGCUAGGCAGUGCCAUAUGUCUGAUCGGUGCUGUUAUUAUUGUGCUCCACGCACCUCCGGACGAGGAGAUUGAGACCGUCGACGAGAUUCUGCAUUUGGCCAUCCAACCAGGUUUUCUUCUCUACGCCUUCGCGGUUGUUGGCUUCGCCGUCUUCAUGAUUUACAGGAUUGCCCCUCGUUAUGGCAAGAAGAACGCCCUCAUCUACCUUUCCAUUUGCUCCACCGUUGGGUCCAUUUCUGUCAUGUCUGUUAAGGCUUUUGGCAUUGCGCUUAAGUUGACGUUUGCUGGCCACAAUCAGUUCAGCCAUCCCUCUACCUACGUCUUUAUGAUCUUGACAGCUGUCUGCAUUCUAACUCAGAUGAACUAUUUCAACAAAGCCCUCGCCAACUUCCCCACCAACAUUGUCAACCCUCUUUACUACGUAACCUUUACAACCGCAACCCUCUGCGCUUCAUUUAUUCUCUUCACUGGGUUCAACACCAACGAUCCUGUCAAUACACUCUCUUUGCUCUGCGGAUUCUUGGUCACCUUCACUGGUGUCUACCUUCUCAACCUCUCGAGAGGCGAUCCUCAUGGUCAGAGAUUGAGCGCAGGUCGAGGAGGAAGCGACGCUACCGGCACCGACAUGGUAUCUGGUCUGCAGACUCGUUUGAGUAUGCAGGCGAGGAGAAGUGGCGAUCCUUCCCGGCACAGUAUUAGCAGCCAGCGGGGGGAUCGUGAGGGCCUGAUCCGUGCAUACGAUGAGGAGGAAGCUGCUGGGUUCGCUCUGACCGACCUGGCGGACGACAGCGACGACGACCUGCGACACGCCAAUGGGAACGGCAACGGCAAGGCAAAUUACGACAACAGCAUUGAACUCGACAACCGUCACAAAUCGGGCGAUCGAUGA